CUUUCCUCUCUCCAAACAGUCCCCGUUGAUGACAUUGAUUCAGUGCGCCUGGGCCGUCAGUCUGAAGGGCUAAAAAAGUACACCAACACCAGUGAUGAAGAUCAGUGCUUCUCCAUCUUCUUCAAAGGCAAGAAGAAAAAUCUUGACCUCAUGGCAGGCAGUGGAGUGGAGGCAAAGCAGUGGGUUAACAGCCUGGUGAAGAUUAUGAGAUACAUACGCAGCCUCAACCGCCAGCAGAACAGUGAGCAUUGGAUCUUCGAAUGCAUGAGGAAUGCUGACAAGAAUCACGACAACAUGAUGACCCUGAAGGAGGUGAAGGCCUUCAUGCGACAGAUCAACAUUGAGGUGGACAGCCAAUAUGCAGAGCAACUUUUCAGGAAAUGUGACACAUCCAAAUCAGGCACCCUGGAGGGUGCAGAGAUCAAGCAAUUCUACGAUGAGCUGACGCACCGGAAGGAGAUAGAUGAGAUUUAUGGGAUGUACGCUCAAACAGAGGGUCAGAUGAGUGCCGGAGACCUGCUGAACUUCCUGUUGAAUGAGCAAAGGGAGCAGGUGUCCAUGGAGGACGCUCUCAAGCUAAUUAAAAAAUAUGAGGUGGAUGGGACAGCGAAGCAGAAGAAGCACUUGACCAAAGAUGGCUUCCUGAUGUACCUGCAGCACGAAGAUAACUCCAUCUUCAAACCAGCUCAGAAACCACUUUAUCAGGACAUGCACCAGCCGUUCAACCAUUACUACAUCUCCUCCUCACACAACACGUACCUGAUGGAAGACCAACUCAAAGGACCCAGCAGCACAGAAGCCUACAUAAAAGCACUGAUGAAGAGCUGUCGCUGUGUGGAACUGGACUGUUGGGAUGGGGCUAAUGGCGAGCCUGUUAUUUACCACGGCUAUACACUCACAUCUAAAGUGCUCUUCAAAGACGUCAUCAAAGCCAUCAAAGAAUACGCCUUCAAAACGUCUGACUACCCAGUGAUCCUGUCUCUGGAGAAUCACUGCACCCUGGAACAACAGAAGGUCAUGGCCGAUCACAUGAUCAAAAUCCUGGGUGAUGCUUUGGUCAGAAAGCCUCUGGGCACCACCAUACCCACAAACUUCCCCUCACCUGAGGAGCUGAAGGGCCGGUUCCUCAUCAAGGGAAAGCGACUGAACAAACUGGAUGCUGCCUUUAACAAUGACAGCACCAUAGAGGACGAAAAUGUGUCUGAGGAGGAUGAGGCUGCAGACUGUAAGGAGAAUAGCCAAAAGGGCAAACCAAAGAAAACAAAAAUCAAACUUGCCAAACAGCUCUCAGAUGUCGUAAUCUACUGCAAGAGUGUCCAUUUUAAUUCGUUUGAACACUCCAAGAACAACCAGGCCUUCUAUGAGAUGUCGUCCUUCAAGGAGAGCAAAGCGUUCCAACUGGCUGAGACUUCAGCUACUGGCUUCAUCCAUCACAACAUGGACAAACUUAGUCGGAUCUACCCAGCUGGCUCCAGAACUGACUCCUCCAACUAUAACCCAGUGCCCAUGUGGAACGUCGGAUGCCAGAUAGUGGCGUUGAACUUCCAGACUCCCCACAAGGAGAUGCAGCUAAACCAGGGUCGGUUUCGACCAAAUGGUUUUUGCGGCUACAUCCUGAAACCUGAAUUCCUGAGAAGCCCGUCGUCUCAGUUUGAUCCCAACGCACUUACCAACGGGCCCUGGCUGCAAAAGAAGACGUUUCAUGUGAUGGUGAUCUCAGCUCAGCAGUUGCCCAAACUCAACAAGGACAAACCCAAAUCCAUCGUCGACCCUCUGGUGAGAGUGGAGAUUUAUGGUGUCCCAGCAGACAAUGCCAGCAAGGAGACACCCCACAUUGACAACAAUGGGUUCAACCCCGCGUGGAAUGAGAGUCUCCAGUUUGACAUCCACGUCCCAGAGUUGGCCAUGGUGCGAUUUGUGGUGGAGGACUUUGACAAAGCAUCCCAUAAUGAUUUCAUCGCGCAGUACUGUCUACCGCUCACCAGUGUACAGAACGGAUAUCGGCAAGUCCCGCUGCUCAACAAGAGAGGUGACCUCAUCCCCUCUGCCGGACUGUUUGUGCACGUCAUGCUCAUGGACGCCCAGUAGGCUCGUGUUGGGAAAGCGUUCAGGCCAGCAACAGGAUUUAUUUCAUUGUUGUUACUCUAAAGGGGUUUAUCCUUUAUCCAGUUUCAAAGCUAAAUAACAGAACUGAUCAAAUACUUCAACAGAUAUGUCAUGUAGAAAAAAACUAUUUUCAUCUGCCAGCUGCUGACUCACUGUUGUGUGUGUAACACUUUCCUGUCAUUGUAUAAUUUUAGCUUUUUUAAAAAACCUUUGGUUGAGGGCGCCUGUACGGUAACAAGGCAAGAGUGAAUGAAAAUGUGAACGAAAGAGCAGCGAAUGAGCAGUGUGGGAAGUUAUUUAAAGAAAGUCUUUUAAUUGUUGUCAUGUUGGGGAGAGGUACAAUAGUUGUAAAUAAGGUGUGUAUUCCAGCAGAACAUAAACUGGCUAUGUAGUUUCUGAAUAGUAUUUACAUUUAUACAGAUUUCUUAUACUUGAUUUCUUCAGAUUUCCCCUCAGGAUCAUACAAAUCAGGGUCAUACUCGUAUUUCUCAAGCAGAACAACAAGCACUCAACAGUUUUUAUUUGAAUGUUUUUUUAUGACUCUUCUGAUUAGAGCAAGCCAUGAUUUACAUUUUCUCAAUUCUGAUACCGUAAUAAUGUUGAAUACUGUGUGAUGUUUUGUGUGUCUGUGUUAAGGUGUCCAUUCAUUUUGAAAGCAGAUUGUCCUGCAGAGAUGGCUGCUCCAGAAUGUUUGUCAAUGUUUGUUUUUUUAAACGCCUUUAAAUGCCUUAUAACUUUUGUUUGAUUAUUUAUAUGAUGAGCAUAUCUAUGAAUUAAAUGUAUUGGAUAUGAAUCUGCUCUAAACAUAUUGAACCAUAAAUAACUUAAUCAAGUAUUUGUCAAGCAAAUCCUUAUUUUUCAUCACUACAGCAGUUUUUACACGACAAAGUCUUUCAGUAUGUUUUUACUGUCACUGUGUACAUUUGCACUAGCCGUUAAAUAAAACCAGCAGAGUCUCUGAU